GAGCGCGUCGCAGUCCUCCUUCCUCUUCUGGCGCUUUGCUAAUUCCUCUUGAGGAAUCCCAGAUCAGAUUCAGAGAGAAGGAUUCCACAUCUCGCUGUGAUCUAAUCCGGUGAAGAUCUUGAGUUCCUGAAGGAGGAUGAAGAGAAAGAGGGACUCACUGGAGAAAGCGACCACGUCGGCUUGUGGUGAUGAUGGUGAUUUGCAGUCGGGGGCCGAAUUUGAGGUGUUCUUGAAUUUCAGAGGCCCCGACACCCGCCUCAACUUCACCGAUUGUCUCUAUCACUCCUUGGUUGGAGCUGGGAUUCGUGUUUUUAGAGACAACGAAGAGAUCCGAAAGGGAGAAAAGAUUGGAGGCGAGCUUCUCCGUGCCAUCGAAUCCUCCAAAAUAUACGUGCCCAUCUUCUCCAAGAACUAUGCAUCCAGUGCGUGGUGUCUUCGCGAGCUCACGCACAUGGUGGAGUGCUCAAGCAAAGUGAGUGACAAAUUGAUCCUACCCAUUUUCUAUGAUGUGAAUCCCGAUGACGUGAAACUUAAAACUCGAUUAUACCUCGACGAUUUGGAGAAGCAUGAGAAGAAGGUCAUGCGUGAUGAAGUUCUAGGAUGGAAGGAGGCUCUGACCGAGGUCGCAACAGUCAAAGGAUGGGGCAUGAAGGACAAAGGCCAUGGUGAAAUCAUUAACACUAUUGUUGAUGAGAUUUUGACCAAAUUGAUGAAAAGAAGGAGCAAUCUGCCCGAUCAUUUAGUUGGGAUUGAUGAUCAUGUUAAAGCUAUCAUGGACAUGUUAAAUGAAGGUUCUCAUGAUGUUCGCUACCUGGUCAUUCAUGGAAUGGGCGGUAUCGGUAAGACAACUCUCGCAAGUGCUGUCUUUAAUAAAAUCUCCAAUCAAUUUCAAGGUUGUAGCUUCCUUUCGGACAUUCGUGAAUCCAUGCAACAUGGUAGAAUGGUUGAGUUACAAAAACAGUUGUUAUCAGAAAUUCUCCAAGGUAGAUCUCUAGAUAUCCACAAUUCUGUUGAUGUAGGGAUUAAAAUAAUUAGAGAAAGGUUUCAUGAUAAGAAAGUUCUUCUUGUUCUCGAUGAUGUGGAUAAGUGGGACCAACUCUCUAAACUAGCAGGAAAGAGGAAUUGGUUUGGUCCAGGAAGCAAAAUCAUCAUUACAACAAGGGACAUCAACUUUUUGCCAAUCAAAGAGGAGGACAAAGAGAGUAGUUUCCAAGCACAUUCUCAAGAAUUUAAAAUCUAUGAAAUGAUAGAAAUGGAUCCUUUCCAUGCUCUUCGGCUUUUUAGUAAACAUGCCUUCAGGAUGGAUUGGCCACCACAUGACUAUGAUGAUAUCUCACACGAAAUUAUUAGAAAGACAGGCGGACUUCCAUUAGCUCUGGAGGUUAUUGGUUCCUCACUUUACUGCAAAAGCAAAAUUUUUUGGAAAGACACAUUGAAGAAGUUAGAUUUUGUGCCCAAGCAAGAAGUCUUCAAUAAAUUAAAGAUUAGUUAUGACAUGUUAGAGCAUCAUCAAAGAGAGAUCUUCCUUGAUAUCGCAUGUUUCUUCAUUGGAAGAGGAAGAAUCAACCCGUACUAUAUGUGGAAAGCUUCAAAAUAUUUCCCAAAAAGUGAACUAUUUGUACUUACUCAAAUGUCUUUGAUAAAGAUAGAUGAAAAUGAUAUACUACGGAUGCAUGAUCAACUUAGAGAUUUUGGAAGAGAAAUUGUUCAACGUGAAGACAAUAAUUUUCCAGGGAAGCGUAGCAGGUUGUGGGAGCCCAAGAUUGCCUUUGACAUGUUUCGGAUGAAAGAGGUGAGCAAGAACUUGAAAGUUAUAGAAAUCAAUUCUUGCCCAAGCUUAAAAAGGACUCUUGACUUCUCAAAAUGCUUGAAUUUGAAGAGAUUGGCUAUUUCAUUGUGUUCAAACUUGCUAGUGGUUGAUGACUCUCUAUCUAAACUAGAGCACCUGAAACACUUGAGAAUCAUCUGUUGGAAUACCCUGAAGUGGGAUGGUUGCAACCUUUUUCCACUAUCUUUUGUAUUUGAUAGUCUAAAAUCCUUGUCAAAGCUAGAAAUAAAUGGGACGCAACUUCGAAAACUUCAUCAUUCAAUUGGAGAGAUGACACAUAUGGAGUAUCUGUCUUUAGAUAAUUGUUCUUUGCUUAGAACACUUCCGGACUCCAUCGGAGAUCUUACAUUGUUGAGGAGGAUGAGUCUUUAUAAAACUCCGAUAAAGAAGCUACCGAAUUCAAUAGGAGGAUUAGAGUCUUUGCUUGAGCUAUAUUUGAGCGACACAAAAAUCAGAAAAAUACCUACUUCUAUUGAGAGUCUUAAAAAGUUGAGGAAGAUAAGUCUUUCUAAAACUCCAAUAGAGAAGCUACCGAACUCAAUAGGAGGAUUAGAGUCUUUGCUUGAGCUAUAUAUUAAUGACACAAAAAUAAGAGAAUUACCUACUUCUAUUGGGAACCUCAAAAAAUUGAGGAAGAUGAGUAUCUAUAGGACUCCUCUAAAGUCUUUACCGAACCAAAUAGGAGGACUAGAGUCUUUGCUUGAGCUAUAUAUUGAUGACACAAAAAUAAGAGAAUUACCUGCUUCUAUUGGGAACCUCAAAAAAUUGAGGAAGAUGAGUAUUUGUUGGACUCCUCUAAAGAAGUUACCGAACCAAAUAGGAGGGCUAGAGUCUUUGCUUGAGCUAAAUCUGAGAGAAACAUGUAUCACAAACUUACCUGUUUCUAUUAAAAAUCUCAAAUGGUUGGAGAUUUUAUGUUUAGACUAUAGUGCAAUUAGAAAGCUACCAAAUGCCGCAUGGAGGCUAGAGAAUCUUAAAGCUUUGCAUGCAAGUUUCUGCGAAAAUCUAAAGGGGGAGAUUCCACGUGAAAUUGGGGGUCUAUCCUUUUUUAUGACACUAGAGCUAUCGGGAAGCAAGAUUACGAGAUUGCCUACAACUAUGAAUAAGCUUUCUAAUCUCCAACGACUUCAUUUGGAUCGGUGUGAUGAGCUUGAACAGUUACCAAAGCUCCCCGUGAAUUUGAAGGAGUUAAAGUUCUCAUCUCAUUUAUUAUGGACAACCCUUGACCUCUCAUACCUAGGUAAUUUAGUCGGUCUUCAUAUACGGGGCAGCACUCCUAGGUUGUCAGAAUAUGGACAACGAGCUCCAAAUAUAGAGUGGAUUGAGAGGCUAUCUCAUUUGGAGAGAUUGACACUUGUUGCUAGAGAUGCCACAUUUCCUCUAAUUAAUUUGGCUACUGUUUUUCGACUUCAAAUUCUUGAGAUGACUUGUGUGGACCCACGAUCUGUGGUGGGGCUUCCACCCAGUCUUCGAGGAUUGACUCUACAUGAUGUGAAGUCACCCAUGGGAAGGUCACUCUUUUUAAACUUGACAAAUCUGUCCAGUUUAUGCCUUAGUAAUUGUCAGGUGAGGGAAGUCAAUUUGGAUGAUUUGCUUGGACAGCAACCGGAGAAACUCCAUCGUUUGGAUUUGAAGGAUAGUGCAAUGCUCGAAAGGCUUCUAAUUUCGAGAUUACGGGGGCUCCAAGAGUUGAGUGUGACCGGUUGCCCUGGGCUAAUGGAGACUCAAGGUCUGGAGAAAUCGAAGUCAUUAAAGAAAUUGUCUAUUCACGGAUGCAGUUCCUUAGAAUGGUUGCCUGAUUCAUCAAAAUUUAAGAAGCGGCAGAGAUUAUAUUGCCCACAUUGUCCACCGGAACAGAUGCCCGAUCUAGACAUUGCAGAGUCGUGUCCCUUGGUCAUUGGAGGACGCCGCAUUGCUUAUUCCUUUUCUAGCUUUUACAAAGUUCAGCUCUGUCAUAAGCAUUUGCGUGAUGACUCAUCACUGAUGAGUGAGCCUUAG